GCUCGUGAUCCCAAGGGUCGGAGUGUCCCGCCGCUGCCGCGUGGGGCUGCCGCGUGGGGCUGCGCUCGGAGCCGGCCGCGGGAGUUCUGAGCCCGCGGGCAGAAAGCGCAAGCAGACGGGAGGACGCCUGCCCUCCACCGCUGGCCAGACGCAGCCAUGUUUUCCGAGCAGGCCGCCCAGCGUGCCCACACUCUGCUGGCCCCUCCAUCGGCCUCCAAUGCCACCUUCGCCCGUGUGCCUGUGGCCACCUACACCAAUGCCUCACAGCCCUUCCGGCUGGGCGAGCGCAGCUUCGGCCGGCAGUACGCCCACAUCUAUGCCACGCGCCUUGGUCAGAUGAGACCCUUUCUGGUGGCACGGGCGCGCCAGCAUUGGGGCAGCAGUGUAGUAGUGAAGAAGUUGUGUGAGCUGCAGGCGGGGGAGAAGUGCUGUGUGGUGGGCACUCUGUUCAAGGCCAUGCCCUUGCAACCCUCCAUUCUGCGCGAGAUCAGCGAGGAGCACAACCUGCUCCCGCAGCCUCCUCGGAGCAAGUACAUCCACCCGGACGACGAGCUGGUGCUGGAGGAUGAGCUGCAGCGCCUCAAGCUGAAAGGCAGCCUGGAUGUGUCACGGUUGGUCACAGGGACGGUCCUGGCGGUGCUGGGCUCCGUGAGCGAUGAUGGCAAGUUUAUGGUGGAGGACCACUGCUUUGCCGACCUGGCUCCACAGCAGCCCGUGCCUACACUUGACACAGACAGGUUUGUGCUGUUGGUGUCUGGGCUGGGGCUGGGCGGAGGCGGUGGAGAGAGCCUGCUGGGCACCCAGCUGCUGGUGGACGUAGUGACUGGGCAGCUUGGAGACGAAGGGGAGCAGUGCAGCGCCGCCCACGUGUCCCGAGUCAUCCUGGCUGGCAACCUCCUGAGCCACAACACACAGAGCAGGGAUUCCAUCAACAAGGCCAAGUACCUCACCAAGAAAACCCAGGCAGCCAGCGUGGAGGCAGUCAAAAUGCUGGAUGAGAUCCUCCUGCAGCUGAGCGCCUCCGUACCCGUGGAUGUGAUGCCGGGAGAAUUUGAUCCAACCAACUACACGCUCCCCCAGCAGCCCCUGCACCCCUGCAUGUUCCCAUUGGCCACUGCAUACUCCACGUUGCAGCUGGUCACCAACCCCUACCAGGCCACCAUUGACGGAGUCAGAUUCCUGGGGACUUCUGGUCAGAAUGUGAGUGACAUUUUCCGGCAUAGCAGCAUGGAGGACCACCUAGAAAUCUUGGAGUGGACCCUGCGGGUCCGUCACAUCAGCCCCACAGCCCCUGACACCCUAGGUUGCUACCCCUUCUACAAGGCUGACCCGUUCAUCUUCCCGGAGUGCCCACACGUCUACUUCUGUGGCAACGCCCCCAGUUUUGGCUCCAAAGUUGUCAGGGGCCCUGAGGACCAGGCGGUGCUGCUGGUGGCCGUCCCCGACUUCAGCACCACACAGACGGCUUGCUUGGUGAACCUGCGCAGCCUGGCCUGCGAGCCCAUCAGCUUCACUGGCUUCGGGGCGGAGGACGAUGACCUGUGCGGCCUGGGGCUGGGCCCCUGACCCUGUCAUGGAAAUAAAGCCUGUGUUUGCU